CGCUAAUACGCCUGCGUGAGCACACACGUAUAUAGAAUCGCUCGCACACGUGCGCGAAAAAAACACACGCACUACACGUCUUCGACUCUCUAUCGAUAGAGCGCGCGACAUCGCGUGGUCUCUUGUUUUGUUCGCGAUCCGCGCACGAGUUUUUCACGUAUCGCCCUAUAGUCAGUGCUGCUCCAACUCUCCUUUCGCGCAUACAUCGCAGCGCCGGAAUCCACGCAUUGUACCUUAUUCGUCCGACCGAGAGUUUUACUGGCGUAUAUUCGCGCAGUUCGCAGACAGUAGAGGACAGAGACAAUACAAUCGAACGAAAAUGUCGGCGUCACCCAUCGCGAGACAAGCAACCCAGACCCAGAGUAUUCCCGCCAAGAAGGUCGUCAUCCACGACGCGAAUCAACUACCUGCCGACUACUCGUCCACGCCCGGAGGCACACUCUACUCCACCACGCCUGGAGGUACUCGCAUUGUGUACGAGAGAGCUUUCCUGAUGAAUCUCCGAAAUUCGCCAAUCUCGCAAACACCACCGAAAAAUAUGCCUACCAUACCGGCUAGUCUUCUGAAGGGUGCCGCACCUACCGUCACGGCACCGAACAAAAUUCCAAGCCCUCCGGCUAAAGAUGCUGCAGUCCUCGACGAAUCUGCGGAGCAAUUCGAGAUGGACAUGUGAGAGACAAGAUCUCACGCAAGCCUGUGAUUGAGAUAUAAUGUGUUCAUUCGUUAGUCCACGUGAAUUACUGACAACUCGAUCCCUACAUAUCGCAUUAUGCGCGUAAACACGCAAUACACACGCGCGGAUUCACAUAAAGUAUAAUACCAAGGCAACGAAGUGGGUCUGCUCGAAUUAUUUUCAUGCAUAUAAUUCGCCUCGUGUUCGUAUAGUAUCAUCGUAGCGUGGAGUGCGUCGAACUCGAAGCAGUUUUCGGCUGCAGGGCGCCAGUCACUUAUUUGUUGCCAUUAAUAGCCUCGAGUCUUUAAGUAAGAGAAAAUAACAUAAACCACGAGCCCUCGUUAUUAGUCAUCGCCGAGCAAUUUGCGAUGAGCGAGCUCUCGCGCCAAAUCGUUUUAUCCGCGACAAUAUAUAUGAAAAAAUGGCCAUAAGCUGCAGUUUGUAUUUAUUAUGAACUUUUUUUCUCAGCUGGGGGGGGGGGGGAAUAAUCCAGGAGAUUAGAAUUUUAACGCUUUGAAGGCACUGAAGAGUAAUAAUAAUUAUAUUGUAUUUAUAUAUAACGAAUCCAAGUGUUCGAAUUUACAUCCGUUUUUGUGACUUAUAUACCUUUGUAAGAGUUGUGUCUGACUUCCAAAUUUGCAAAUUGUCUGUAUUUUACUUCGUAGCUCUACUAUCUAAGGUUAUAAUAAUAUUUGAAUUAUAAAUAAAAUAAUUUUUUGUAAGA